GUGUCAAUUGAAGAUUGAAGAGAUUACCACCGACUGUCUGGGAUGAAUGACUUUCAAAACGGAGAUGUGGGCUGAAUAUGGGGACCUGAGGAGAGACGAGAUCGAGGAGGAUAACAUCUUCGAUGAGACUAAUGUGGAGGAUUUUGAGGAGAGUAUUGCUCUGUGUGCAGAAAAGAAAGGGUGGAAGGAAAAGGAGAAGAUGGAACAGGUAAUGGCGAGGGUGGACCCCAGGGAAUAUGGAAGUAUGAAGAAGAUCAAGGGAGAAUCAGAUACCUGGGAAGAGUUUCUUGUCAAAUUUAGAAGAACCUACACCUUGGCCGUACAGAGACAAAAGAAAAGACAGUUACUUCAGGAGCAAGGAUUGUGGAUAGGGAGAAGAGGAGACAAGUUGGAAAGGAAAGCUCGACAGGAGAUUGAUGAGGAUGAUGUACCCCUCAGACAGGUGUUUGACAGAAAGAGGACAACAGUUCAGAAGGGAAAUGAAUCAGCAAGCAAGACCACAAGAGUGCACGAGAAGAGAAGGAGCAGGGAGAAGAAGGAGAAGGAAGAAGAGGGAAAGAAGGAACAGGACAUGAUGAGAGGAGAAGAAGGGAAGAAAGAAGUGGAGGGAACUAAAGAGAAUGAGGGCACAAAAGAGAAGAAGUAGAAGGAAGAAGAGGGAGAGAAGGAACAAGAAGAGAAGAAGGAAGUGAAGGAGGUAGCAGAGGAGAAAGAAGGCGCGAAGGAGAAUGAAGAAAAAGAAGAAGAAAGGAAUCAAACAGAGAAAGAGACUGAGAUGACAGCAGCUGAGAAUCCUUUCAUGGAACCCAGAUCGAGGAGAAUGACCAAGGAAGAGAGAGAAAAGCGAGAGGAAGAAAAUAAGGAAUGGAGGGACAGAAUGGUUGCAUCAAUGAAGGAAGGUGAGUUACCUGCGGAUGCCCCUUGGAGUGAGAAGAUCGAGAGGAUCUUAUUGAUUGAAUCAAUAAGGGGCUCUAAG